AUGGAGUUUCAGGUUUUUGACGACGGACCUUCCUGCUUUCGCUUAAAGAUCGUCACGUCAAUACUUACGAAUCGGCCAAUUCGCAUACGCAAUAUAAGAAAUAGGAGCAAGAGCCCGGGAGUUACAGAUUAUGAAGUCAACUUUCUUCAGUUGAUCAACUUAUUGAGCAAUGGAGCCGUCAUAAAUAUAAACGACACAGGUGCAUUAAUUAUCCUCUGAAUCGACUCGGUAGGCUGUGUGGUUAAUUUUUCGCCCGGGUCUUUAAUUGGCGGGGAACAUUCCUUCGACUGCUCAAAUGAACGUGGUCUUGGUUAUUUCCUGGAACCUCUUCUGCUGCUCUCGCCCUUCACGAAGACAUGCAUGUCACUGAAGCUCACAGGCGUCACAAACAAUUCCAUCGACCCGUCUGUUGAUGUCAUUUCGCAAACUUGGUUGCCACUGCUGAAGAAGUUUCUAGCGCCAGCCUCGGCUGCUUCUCUGAAACUGGAAAUCAAGAAGAGAGGCAUAGCCCCUAAAGGUGGUGGUUUGAUUAUCUUGUCCUCCAAACCAGCGCAACAGAUCUGUCCCAUCCAGAUUGUUUCUCCCGGGAAAGUUUACAGGUUAGACCGACGCAUUGCCAAUUAUAUUGGGAGUUUCUUUCUCAUAAUUUUGCCCUACAGCAUGUUUUGGGGUAUGCCAGUACCGGGUGUCUCCAGUAAGUCAUUUGUACAACAACCCCAUUUUGGUCUCCAGAAGAGUUCCGGGUGGCGACUUCAUACUUUCACUUAAGACAGGAUGUGGAAGUAGGUGGAAUACUUGUAACCGCGGGCCAUUCCACUGCGUCACAUAUCAAGCGCUGUUUUAUCUGCGGUUCUGUUGGGCUCUUAACUGUACCUCGAAGAUACUCGUAAUCGUCCUUCUGUACUUUAUCCAGUCCGUUCUUUUUAUCUCACUCGACUUCGCGGAUGCUGCCGUAUUAAGCCUAGUCCACCAGUGUCAGACUACCUUGUAAAGUGACCGCGUUCGUCUGGCACCAACCCACAUAAUCUCCUUACACAAUAACGGUGGGGAGUGCACGUAUCUCUUUUUGUUGGCGCGGGCUGUAGUGUUUUCGUCUUAUAUAACCAGCUGUGCUUGCAGGACGUAGUUGACCACCGUCUCAGUUGCAUUAUCCCUACAGACCUCAGGUUUAGAGUUGGAAGUUCAAGUCCCAGUGCUUGGCAGCUGUGAGCGUCUGGCAUUUUGCCGUAAUAUUCACCUAUAAUUAGGCAACUUGGGCGUACUCUUCUGGAUUUUGACUCACGGCAUACUUGAUCAACUUAUAAUUUAGACUGGAAUUUAGCUUCUUUCGUCUUUUAUAAUCUGUUGAGAGCAUUUAAAGCAAUUCCAACGUCAAGAUCCGUAAGUGUUAGUACUCCUAGUUUUAUUUGGAAUGACCAUAUGCAUUUCUAUUUUUAGAGUUCGAGGGGUCGCGUGGACAUGCCGUGUUAGUCCAAGCAUCGCCUCCCAGCUCAUGCAUGGUGCGAAGGAUUUGUUGAAUUCUUUUUUGAGCGAUGUUUAUAUUAACCUGGAUCAACGCAAGGUAGGCAUCCCUUUCCGUCGGUUUCUUUUUUUCUAGAAAAGUUCAUUUAGGUCACUGUCGAUCUAUCUUACCUUCGUGUCUGUAACUUAGUACAUGGCAUCACGCUGCACUCGUUUUUCAGUUCACUAAGUUUCCUAUAGUUUGGUAUUUUUACAUUCUUUGUGCGCAGAUAGAAACGAUCUCGGUUUCUAUUUUUGACGUAGUUUCCCACCUGGAGUACCUACAGUUUAUCAAAUUACAGUUGUCACUAUGGUUUAUCUUAUCUCUCUAUUAGUCAUAUCAUAUGGCAUAGUGCAAACCAUUUAGUUGAAGUUCACUUUACUUUGCUAGCGGGAAGUUGCUGGAGAAUGUUCUGGUUUCGGAAUCGUUCUUUGGGCCGAAACUAAGGAAGGCAUUUUUUACUCAGCUGAAGCCACCAGUGAUCCUGAAGGUUCCAAACAAUCCCGUCCAGUCAUACCUACUGAACUUGGCAACAGUGCGGCCUCAAAGCUUCUGGACCAGGUAUUUUUGGCAAAUAUUGCUGCUCUUAUCCUCUUUUUAUUGUGUGUUUAACUAUUAGUUGUAUAGGUAAGUAUAGUACAGUCUCCCCUUGUUGUCCACCGCCACCUGUUUCCCGUUGUUUCAUCUUCUCAUUGUUAUUAUUGUAAGACCGUUUCAAAGCAUUUACUACGUUUGUUGCAUUUAUCUGCUAGCCUGCAGAUAUACCACUUCAACGAUUUCUAGGCCCAUGGGUAAUUAAUUCGGUGGCUUGCGUACUCCAGAAAAGCUAAUUUUCUCGGAAUCAGACAGGCACAAAGUAUUAUGUAGUGGAAGUAAUCACUGACAUUCCGUGCGCCCAAUGUGACCAGGUUGCAAAAUGGCUUGCCGAACUAGUUAGCCUUGAGCCAUUUUUUUCUUUUGCCGCCCCCGCCCUUCAACAGAUGCUCGGCCGGCCGCAUGUGCUACGACACACCGCCUCGAAUAAGAGUGAUUGAGUCUGCAUAGGUAGCACGAUAUACCAUACUUGACAGCAAAGGUAAAGGCCCAGAUAUGUGUUUUGCCGAUAUUCUGCCGCUGCAUGACACAGCUGCGGGGUUUCCAACUCAUCUUUGGGCCCCCUACCGUCGAGUCGCUUAAGGGCCGUUUCGUCUGGGAAGUCUUUUGUUCCUCCUUUGAGUGAUUUCGCCGCCGGGUCGCGCCUGUCCGUAUUCACAAGCUAGUUAUGACUGUCUUACCCUGGUUUUAUGCAUGUAGUGACGCAGGGCUCUAUAGGCCGUGGGAAAGUCAAAGCCCCUGUUGUUGGAGUCGACCCGACGCAAGCGUGAGUCGUUCUGUCCGUGUAGUGCCUGGGCUUAAGAUGCCAGCUUUUUGGAGGUCAAGAGUUGGGUCACUUUCUUCAACGCGCGUUACAAACUGAGAGCUUGGGUUUAACACCCAAGUUGCCGAUCUGCGCUUGUAUAGCCAGGCCUGCAAUUAUCCGCUUUUCCAAAUGUAAUUGCAGUCCUCAUAAUCCUAAAACAUUUUAUAGUCAAUUCCCGAAAGUUCGGUAAGUGUCCUUAGUUUACAUCAGUCGAUGGUAAAUUACUGCCUGUGCUUGGCGGGCUAUGCCUUCACUAGCGGGUUGUAACAGUUGAAAAACGCCUUGGGGACUCCGUGGGUGUAUGGGAUGCCCCCCGCCCCCUGUCUUCGGGUUGCCGAUCCUUUGGCCGUCGUCUGUUCGCUCGGCGGUAAUUUUCUUAGAACAAUGACCUGGGCAUCCAUUGCUUCUGAAAAGGUUAGUAAGGUGUAGUCGUUUAACCCUUGUCGGCCGACAUGCUGCACUGUGUUCCAACUCUUUGGACUAGAGUCUCAUAAUAUCUGACUGGUCAAAUCGUGGGUUUGGCCUCUAUUUUCAUAUCUCAGUUGGCCGCUGCGUGCUCACUAUACACCAUGUCUCGCCAACUUUCUUACUAAACUUUAUGAGAAUUUUGUUCAUUGGCGUCCAUCUUUCGCAACGUCUGAAACUGGCGUUAGCUUUGGACGUAAUCAAAUGCUGGAUUCGUCUAAGUACCUUUUGCGUCAUCGGUUGAUUUUCUCAUAGCUACGUCUAUAGGGUCUUCGGUCCAAGAUUAGUUUUGAUAUUUAAAAAAUGCGGUAACGUGAAGACUUGACGUCCAGUGUUAUUCCAUUCAGUGUUGCCCUCAAUCACACAAGUCAGGGUAAUGAAGUUUACUCGACAGUCAGACAAGCGGCGGGUAGUCAGCAUUGUCAGGAGUGUCUGGCGUGGCUCCUGGGCUUAAAGGACCAACCAACAAACCGACUCAAAGUGAGAGACGGCCGUGUUUAAGUGCCCACUCAUACGCGCAAGAGCCUGCGCGACCUUGUAGCGGCGGUAAAUCUAAACAGGUGUACUUGCAGUUCCAUGGAAUUACAUCAUUUAUGACAUUUUACUUUGGAUAUUUUUACGAUCAAUGUCGUAAUUAAACGUUCACCCCUACUUUUACUGGGGUAACCCACUUAUUUCUGCACCUUCGGAUUUGUUUUUUUUUAAGUUGCUUUACUGCAUCUAAGACUGGUCUACAGGAAACAUUCAAAACCCUUUCUAUUGUAUCUGUAAUAAAACCGGCCUGUAAUUUGUUUGUAUAUUAGACUAUGCUUCGCGUCGGCACUGGCCAUCAUAGUCACGGACAUAUUUGGCUCUUGAAUAAUGAUGUUAUUGUUUUCUUAUGAUGACGUUCGCCGAUCUAUCCUAAUUGCAGGACGGAUUACCUUUGUUUUCAUAGUUGCUGUCUACUUCUGCUGUUUGUUUGCUGGAAAGUAUCUCUGUGUAUGGGGUAGCCUAAGAAGACGCCUGCCAGAUUGGGGUAGGUCCAGUAGUGGAAUUCAUAGACGCAGCAUCGACGCGAUUGGUAGACAGAAGCAGUGCUCAUAGAUCCCGGUUGCACAGCCGCUACACCGAACGCUCUGUCCAUUGCAGCCCACUUUGGAGCCACGGACACAUACGGCCUGGCUGGCCAGUGCGAUCUGCUGGUUGUUUAAAGGAGUCCCAUUCAAAAAGUUGUUGAGUGUGGCUAUAGUAGAGAUAGUUCGCUGGUCGGCGGCUAAUAGUGCGUUGGCGUAUAUAGCGGGGGGAGGGGGGGAGUGAGUAGUUGUUGUGGGCAUUAUCGACUACCAAAUUCCAGACAGUUUUGUAGGGUCCUGUAGGCCUUGCCCUCCUGCCCUAGUAAUCGCCGUCUUUUUGAAGUUUGAAACUGCAUUACGCACUUUUCAGUUACCUUAUUGAAUGUGAUGUAGGCAAGAGCGUUCUGAAUGUAUGCGAUCAGCGGUCACUGCGCCAGUGUGGGUGUCACGAAUGCGCUCUGGUGGGCAUUUUCCCGCUCUCUUCUACUGUUUAAGGAUCGUCUUAUUUAUUUGGGCAAGUAUCCCGUAAUGGACCUUGCUCACCCUCUGCGUCUUUAUUUUUUAGAUCUACCUCGGUGGAUGUGCUGACCAAUCGUUGCAGGCCGCGGCCUUGACGAUGAUGGCCCUGGAGGGCGGUCACAAUGCCAGCCAGCUCCUUAUCUCAGCGCCCACACCAUACACCGUUUCCAGUCUCCGUCUAAUUCGCCGAUGUCUUGGAGUAAGUCUCCGUCGCAGUACCGUACCUCACCCUCCUCUAUUUCUGCCCUUCCUCAGCUUUCUUUCGUAG